AAGAUGACACCAGUGACUACAAGAGAAAUGUUUACGCAGCACUGUAACAGGACUGAAGAGUCUGAAGUCUUUGUCAGUAGCUACGCUGAUUGUUUUCAGGAAAUAUUUUCUUCUCUGCGAAAAGUGGGAGUCUGUCUACAUCUUUAUUUGAAGAAAAAGCUUCCAGAUCUUUCAACGGAUUUCAUCAGGAUCUCUUCCUCCAUGACGAACGUGUCUCAGAGGAUGGAGACAGAGGAGGACCUCCUCACUUUACUCCACAUCAAGUUCUACCACCCUCAGCAACACUCUAAAGGUCUCUACGACUUGCUUCCCUUGGGGACCAGGAGCAGACGCUCUGCCGAUGAUCCUCUCAGGCUGGGCCGUGACGCCCAGGCCUGCGACUACUCUCUGGUUGACCCCAAGGUGUCCCGCAAACAGCUGGCCCUAAACGCCUACUACACACCCAAGAGCCCGGACAUGCUGUUCUCCAUCCAGAACCUGAGCCAGAGAGGACGACUGUCAGUGAACGGAUCGUUGCUGGGCUACCUGGAGAGAAUGGACCUUCCAGACAAGGCUCUGAUCCGGUUCUUAGAGUACGAGAUGCUCAUUAUUCGGGAGUCUGGAGAGGCAAAGACCAGUUUUGAGGUGGACAUGGAGGUGAUGACUGUGCCUCCCUCCAGGGAGACAUGCACCUGUGUGCCUGGAAGGGCUCCAGUCAUGGACACAGGUAUGGUGAACCAAAACACAGCCAUUCCUCAAGAGACUGAAGAGACACUCAUCUGUUAUUCUAAUUGAAAAUUACCAACAAACGAUGGAGCUGUCAGACAGCAUGGUAUGUCUGGGAUGAUAUCCACUUCUAUUUAUAUAGCGUUGAGCCAUCUGUCAUGACUAUAGAAAAGUUAAUAUUGUAGCAUAUUAGGGUUGUCUUCAAGCUUAGCCACAAAAUAAUUAAUAUUUCCUACAUCUAUCUUGAACUCGUUCCAAAACUUGAACAAAUCACACAUAUUGCUCAGGGAUUCCUUACAACACCUUGGCCAACUUCUGAACUUGGUUAAGGUAUUGUUCUAGAUCUAGGAAAACUUGUUGUUCUAGAUCCUUUAAGAGAUAAAACUACAUUCCUUAUCUUUAGGUUCAGAUUACAGUGAUGAAACCUUUAGAAAGCAACACAGUGUCACUAGAGAUGGGAGUUUUACAGUAAAUUUUUAGUUAACAUACAAGCUUAAAAAAUACACUGAAUGUUUUACUCUGAAUAACAGUAAUAAUUGACUUUAAAUAAUAUCAUAAUUAAUAAAUAAUUGUAAAAUCCUAUAACAUUUCCUCUUACAUUCCAAUAGCUGUCAAUCAAUACAAAAUUCUGCUUCUGAAUAUUUACUUCUCUUACACGACGUUUAUUUAGCUAAAAGAAAUUAGCAUCUUAUGCUAUGACGUAAAAUGCCAUAACAUUCCUAAAAUUGAGCAUAGAAUGAAACUGACAAGAGCCGUCAAUUCCAUUAACAACACGAGGCAGUUUUGUCUGGAAUGUGUUCCACCGUAAAAACCUGUAAGAGAUAAACUUUAAUAGUUUCCUUGAUAAACAGAUUUUACCAAAAGAGGAACUGGAAAAAAGAAACUGUUCCACUUUUAGUCACACGACAUGAGAGAAUGAGCUUCAAUUUCAGGAUGAAAACUGCCUUUGUGACCAUAUUAGCAAUUAGCAACACAUCCAAAAACAUUAACCAAAACAAAUUUAAUGGAAUGUGUUACAUUUCAAAGUGUAUGAGGAAACAGUUUAUAUUAACAUUAGAAUAUGAGGCUAAACUUUUUACACUGGUAAUCACAUUUUAAAUGAGUAAGUUGUAAAGUUUUAACAAGAUGUUAAUACGAAGUGUUGGUUUGUAUUAUUUCCAAUCUCAAACGUUUGUAAAGCUAUAACUACAACAAAAAACCAAGAAAAUUCAGACAGUAGGAAUCUUUGAUACAAAGUGUGAUACAUGAUUUUUCUUUACAAUAUGAUGUCACAUGAGAUUAAAAAAACUUGUCCUCCACAAC